UUGUGAACACUGUCUGAGCUCUUGAGUCUGUCGCAGCUCUGCGCCUUUAAAUGCACGCGCUCCUCCCUCCUCUCAAUGACCAGCCUGCACUGCCUCUUUAACACAUCCAGUGGAAAUGACAAACCAGAGGCGCUCCUCGGGCCAGCGUGUCAAACACCAACACUAAUCAUGGGCAUUAGCAGCAGCAACUCAUCCGAAACCCACAACUCGAGACUCUGAAGAAGCGUCUUUGGGCCUUUUUUGUGGGUCUGCGGACGCGUCAAAACUGAAGCGGGCUCGCCAAAUGGACGUCGAUGGACUGGAAUGAAUCCUCCGCUCCUAUCGGACUGAAGGAAAGAGGGAAAGAAACCUCUGCAUGUUCAAGUUUCCUGCUCAAACCGCAGGGGCAUCGCUUCGUGCGUGUUGGAUGUGGGUGCGUGUGUGGAAGUGUGUGUUGGGUGCGUGUGUGUGCGCAAACGGAGGACCAGCAGCGGCAGUGGCGGCGGCGGUGGUGGAGGUGGUGGUGGCCGCGGGAAGGGAAGUUUAGCGCCGUGAUUUUUCUUUUCCUAUACCUUUAUUCUGUUGCGUUCAUUUCAUGCCACACCGGGGGACAGGCGGAUUAACGUUUCCCUGAUGAAAAUUAACCAUCUGUGGAGAGGUUCUGUGAUCGUGACUAUGAUGAUGAUGUCGAGUAAGAGCGUGGAGUGGCUGCAGGAGGAGCUGGAGUCCGGGGCCGGCUCUCUCCUGCUGCUGGACUGCAGACCCCAUGAGCUGUACGAGUCCUCGCACAUCGAGUCCGCCAUCAACCUGGCCAUCCCGGGCCUCAUGCUGCGGAGGCUGAAGAAGGGAAACCUCCCCAUCCGCUCCAUCAUUCCCAACAACGAGGACAAGGAGAAAUUUGUCAAGCGCUGCAAGACGGACGUGGUGGUCCUGUACGACGAGGCGAGUCCGGAGCGGCAGGAGUCCGGGCUGGGGAGCUCCGUGCUGGGGCUGCUGCUGCAGAAACUGCGGGACGACGGCUGCAAGGCUUUCUUUUUGGAGGGGGGCUUCAACAAGUUCCAGUCUGAGUAUCCCGAGCACUGCGAGACCAAUCUGGACUGCUCGUGUCCGAGCAGUUCCCCUCCGUCCUCGGUCCUCGGUCUUGGAGGACUCCGCAUUAGCUCCGACUGCUCCGAUGGGGAAUCAGACAGAGAGCCGGGCAGUGCCACCGAGUCCGAGGGCAGCCCGCUCCCAAACAACCAGCCAGCGUUCCCUGUCCAGAUCCUGCCGUAUCUUUACCUGGGCUGUGCCAAAGACUCCACAAACUUGGACGUGCUCAGCAAGUACAACAUCAAGUACAUCCUCAACGUGACGCCCAACCUGCCCAACAUGUUCGAACAUGAAGGAGACUUCAAGUACAAACAGAUCCCCAUCUCCGAUCACUGGAGCCAGAACCUGUCGCAGUUUUUCCCAGAGGCCAUUUCAUUCAUUGAUGAGGCACGCUCCAAAAAGUGCGGCAUCCUGGUGCACUGUCUGGCAGGAAUCAGCCGCUCUGUGACCGUCACGGUGGCCUACCUGAUGCAGAAGCUCAACCUGUCGCUCAACGACGCGUACGACUUUGUGAAGCGGAAAAAGUCGAACAUUUCCCCGAACUUUAACUUCAUGGGCCAGCUGCUGGACUUUGAGCGGACGCUGGGCCUCAACAGCCCCUGCGACAACCACUCGACCUCCCCCAUGCACGACCAGCUUUUCUUCACCACGCCGACCAAUCACAACGUGUUUCAGCUGGACACGCUGGAGUCCACAUGAAAAGAAGACACUGGACUGUCCCUUUUUUCCGUAGGGAUUACAGUGGUGUGUUUGCCACGGUAACAAGCGACUACACUGGAGUGAAAAAGCAGUUUUAAUGAAUGUUUUAGCCUCCCAGUGGCUCGUCGUCUCAGAGCCUGGUCACGGAGCUGCGUUGGAGGGACAGAGGAGGCCACAGAUGCCACGUAAAAAGAGGGGACAGGAGUUUUACUUCGUCUGAACUGAUAGACGGUUUCACAGUGGUGUCCUCCUCAGAGCUUGAUUGAAUCAAGAGAGGAAGAGCCCUGAUCUACUUGUUUUGUAACAAAGAACCGAGGAGAUUUAUGUGACUGAGAGACUGCAGCUUCAUACAAAGAUAGAAACAUGGAAAAACCUCCAGCGCUCGAUUUUCUGAGACGACAACAUCCUCUCUGUCUUUUUGUCUCGGCUCUCAAGCUGAGCUGACUGGUGCCAAGUGGAGAAUCUGGGAUUUACUUGUAGGAAAUCUCGCUCUACUGAAUGUAGAGUUUUAAAAACCAAGGAAUUAACACACACACACACACACACACACACACACACACACACACACACACACACACACACACACACACACACACACACACACACACACACACAAAGUAUGUAUGUUUGUACUGUAUGUAUGUUAACGUACAUAGCAGCAGCAGUCCUUAACAAAUCAGUAUGUCUUUAUGCAUUUUUGUAUAUUUUUGUGUACAUUUACGCACAAAUCUAUACCUUAUAUAAAUAUAUACGCAUAGAAAUUUUAUCUAUCCAAUCCAAUAAUGGCUGAGGAGAAUGUAAAAAUGGAGAAGGGGAAUGGGUGUGCUCACACCAUCAAAGAGGAACGUUUUUGUGAUUUUCGUAGUCGUCGUCUUUUCUUUUUUUUUAUGUUUCUUUUUUUCUGUUAGGUUUGUAAUGACCUAAUGCAGUUUGCACAGUGGUGUAGCCAUUGACUUGCUGGCACUUGACGCAGGCAGAUAAAGAGACAUUCAGAGGAGAGAGGCCAGUCCCAGGCUGCGACGAGUCCUGACAGCUGCACAGAGGAGAGGGGAGGGAGCAGGAACCAGGACCCUGUCAAAGGACGAGGUUCAGGGGGUUAGAGGGUUGGGACUCGGGUACAUGGGGUGAGAGAUUAUCAGAGGAAACAAGGUCCCGUGUUGGUGAAGACAUUACAGGAGAGUUGACAUUUUGCCAACUUUACUCAGAGCAAGUUCCCAGUUUCUACUUCCUUCUUCAUAUGACUGUUAACCCAGUUGUCUAACAAGAAGUUCCAGUUGUUUCCACCAGCUGUUUGAAUUAUUGUUUAUUUCGGCUAGAAACUCAACUUUUAACUUUUAUUAGCUCUACUCCUGAUAUCUGUAAUAGCAGCGGCCCCUGAUUCUGCCUAAGAGUAGGUAUCAGGUAUUGGCCAAUACGCCAAAAACCAACAUCAACAGUGCAACGGUGCAAGCUGAGCAUGUUGUGUUAGUCAAAGCAGCAACUUGUGUUUUUGAACCAGUAUUAUGUUAUGUUAUUUUCAGCAGUACCAAAGGAGUGCUCAAGUUUCAGAAUUCGUGAGAAAAUUAAUCAGACAUCUCGUUUCAUCGUCAUACCUGUACGUUUGUCCAAAUUGGCGUCUUUGGACUUUUACUUUUGUGCAUCAAGGCCAGAGACUUGAACUAAAGGCCAGGGUUGAGGUUGUUGUCGGGGGGCGCCAAGACAGCAUUGACACUUCUGAGCAACUUCUUGGUCAAGGAAGUGCCUCAACACUCUUCUAUUUCCUUACUUCUCUCCACCUAAAAGGAAGUUGUUCAAUUUGUUUCCCUGUCUUUGAGCCACCAGGUAAAUUGACCAAAAAAAUAACUAUGAUUGUAAUCUGGUCACGGUGUUGGGACAUCGUGGCUGGGACUGGCCUCAGCUACAGAUUGCACUUAGCUACAUGUCUCUUAACUGCAUUGGCAAACAAAAGGAAAAGUCUUUUGGUAAAGGGAUCGCCCAUUUUGUCAAAGAAAAGUUUGUUUGAGUUGAUUCACCCUUAAGCCUUGGGUAUAUAAUAUAAAAGAUAUAUAAAACGGGAAUUGAUACAUAUAAAUAUUUAUAUAAUAAAGCUUAUCGUAAACAGAUCUAUAUUAUUUUGUAUACCUGAGCAUGCUCGUCGUACUGUAUGUUCUCUAACAGUAGACGUAACCACGGGUUUGAUGUUGCUUUAAGAAGCGGGAAGACGAACGAUGGGGACCGUUUUUUUAACUGCUGUUGCUGCUGACCACAGCGGCACACAGCGUGUGGCCAAGGAGUUUUCUGAGACCCUGUUCACAUCAGAAACAUCUUAUCAAGGAGGACUUAAGUUUUCCUUUUAUGAAUGGGCCACUGCAGCACUCGUCAUACAUUUCUGUAGGUACACAAGGCAUCAUGCAAGAACUUUGAAUGUUGCUAUCGUUGUCUUUCUUUGAUGUUUGCUUUUAAGAGUGUUUAAAGUCUUCAUACCUGAUGUAAGCCCCUUAAACAUAAGCGUAAUGAACACACCAAAGUUGCUUUAAAAGGUUACCUAUUCUGCCCAAUCUCUGUGCAUGUUAGAUCUACCAAAAAAUGUCAGUUGUCUGAUUAAGGGGACCUUUAAAACCACAGAAAACAAUAUGUUUUUAAUAUAGUGGUUUAUUCAGACAUCUUAGAGCUGUGGUUUGAUGUGGAAUCAGAUGGUAAGAACAUCAAGCUAAAGCAAAGCUGUAAAUAAAUGGGAGACUAUCAGGCUGCAGGUACAAGCUUGAUAGUGACAAGAAUCGGGAGCUGUUAGCGUGUUACUUUCCCCAAAACCUUCAUCUUGAAUGCCAAAUGUGAUUCCAAUCAUACUGAUAAGGUUCAGUAAGAGUUAAUUUGCCCUUUAAUCUGGGAACAAAUUUCCAAAAAUGUGCAGAACAGAGCUGCAAGAAGUUAUAAGUUCUCAAAUUGUAUUGAUUUGAGUAAUUGGUAUUAUUUUAAGAAGUCAAUGCUCCUCUCAGUAUUAUUAGUAAGAUAAAACCAACUGCAGGGUUUUCUCACACCUUGUUUCCACUUCUGUGUGUGUAGGAAAGUCAACCAGAAGUCCAUUCAUUACUAUGGAAAUCUGUGGCAUCUGAUGUGCCUCCAAAGCUACUCCCUCUGUAAUAUUUGGGUUUAGACUUUUCCUCAAGUAAGUUUAAUAAAUUGAACAUUGAUUUUGUAGAAACUAUAUGACAGUGUACAGGCUGCUAACUAGCAGACAGGCUAUGCCCUUCAAUUUAGUUGCCCAUGUUGAUUGUUGAGUGAGUUUCUCUGAUCAAAAAUAACUCAUCGAUCUGGUUGUAACACACCUUGAAUCUGAUUAAUGUUAUCCUGCCAAAUAUGACUGUACAUUAUAUACAGUCAGAUUGUCUUCAUCAGUUUUGUGUGAUAUUUAGUCAGCCUUAUACUUUUUUAGACAAAAUUAGCCUCUCCCUAUGCUACAGGUAGUAUCUAUCAAGUUUCUAUCCACAAAGAGAUGCACUUCCUUGCUUUUGGCUCUUGAGGCAUCAUCUGUUUGUUUUCAAAUAAAUGGAGACCAGUCACACACGAAAGUGGAAACAAGGCGUCAGCUGUUUGUUGGUUUUAGGAAGUUCUCUCGUUUGUUAAAUCAUCAACUGGAAAUGUUCACAAUGAGUUUUUUUGUCUGUAUGAGUGGUUCUUGCAAGAGGCCUGUUAAUAAUAUUCAUAGCAAACUACAAAAAUCUGGUGUCAAACGCCUUGAUGUGAAGAGGGUCUACACAGAAACACAGAACUGGGUUUCAGACGGGACAGCAGAAGCUGAACAGGGUUGGUUUAAGCUGGCCUUAUAUAAUCUUUCUAACUUGUUUCUAAUGCUGACUGUUCAAUACUUUGUAUCUCACUUAAAAAAAAAACCUUGUGUAAAAAAUGAAACAUUUGUUUAUUUGUUAUUUGAAUCAGAACGUGGUAACAACAGACAGCGAGCUGUCUUUGUGCCAUGACGGGUCACACAAGGUCCUCUUUGUUACUCUGCAAUAUAUCAAAACACCUUUUUGCAGUAUUUUGUAAGAUCCAAGACCUCAAAGUUUUUAAAACCUUCUUCUUUUGUACUAUAUCUAUUCUACAUAAGUAUACAACAUUCAGCUCAGUAUGGCUUGUGGACUGAAGUAACAUUUCACCUGGGGUGUCCAAAAUGUUUGACCAUUAGGGACCUGAAAGAGGCUGUCACUAACACACAAACACGCACACACACACUGCUUCACACAGCCAGAGCUGUGGUUCAGCAUGCCAGUUAUGUUUCACAGCAGACGAUUACACCACCCGGCUUUAAUAAUGACAAGGUCUUUCUCCGUCUUGUUUUGAUAUAAUGUGCUCUAUGCUAUUCCUGUGGCCUUUCAAUAUGAAUAUAUAUCUAAGUAUAUAUAUGUUAUGAAUUUAUAUGCAAAAGAUCCUCUCCUAUUAUAGCAUCAGAGAUGAAGACACCACCAUGCUUGAAUGGACUUCCCUUGUCUGUAGUCAUACCCCACUUACAAUAAGGAAAUUGUUGAGGACUUGAUCACUUGCACCCUAGGAUUGAAAUAUAUUUCAGUGCAGAGCUUUUUCUAUUUCAAAAGAAAAAAACGUUUGAUUUCAAGCUGCUUUCUCGUGUUUUUGUGUCUUUGUAACAAUGAAAGAGAAAUCAAGUCUUUUUCUCUGUUUGUAAAUUUGCCAGAUCAUGGGAACGGCUGUUUCUGUGUCCUUAAAACUUGUAGCUACAUCUCGGUAAGAAUGUGCUCGGGAGGGAAAGACAUGAAUGAGUGAGAUCAGCAGAAAGAGAGAGAGUGAGAGAGAGAGUGGCAGUGUUAAAUACAAAGUGAAAGAAAAAGUGAAUGAUUUUAAAAAUGUUACCUCAGUGAGGAAUUUUUCAGGGAUUUUUUUGACAAUGCAUCUUGCAUCGUGUUACAGCUUCAAACACACGUUGACUAGCUGUUUUGUAUUGUGCUGUAAACAGUUUUUAAAACAGAUGCAAUCUGUCUGUGUAUAAAACAAGGGGCAUGUUAACCGGGGCAGUUUCACCUUUCUGUCCACUGAAGGAAAAUGAUUGACCCGAUGUAUUGUACAGUAUAUGGAAACAACACAAGACAUGUUUAUACUGCAAAUAAAUAUUGAAAUAUUUUUUUCUUUAA